GAGGCAACCCACGAGGAAAAGAUCCAGGAACUAUGGAGCGAUGAGGUAGAAAAAGUGGUGGCAGAAACAUCCACACAAAUGGAUAGAAUCCAGCAAGAGGCAUGCAAAUACAUCAGAAUUGAUGACUCCGAUGCGGAGAUGGAAGAAAUGGAGACAGACAACAACAACUGGAAAAGCAAGACAGGAGAAGAAAAGUAA